AUGCCUUCAACAAAUACAGAAUUAGAUUAUAAUCCAAAUUCAGAAACUUCAUGGCAAAAUCAAUUAACAAACUUUCAAGAUUGUCUUUACGAAUUUAAAGAAAGUGCAGAAUUUAUUGCUUUUCCAGAUUGGGAUGAUUUCUUUUUUACUUCAAAUUAUAAUAUUCCUUAUUAUCCAAUCCUCCAAAAAUUUGCUGAACAAAAUCCAAAAGUUAAUACUUUUAUAAUUGACCGUUAUAUGGGUUAUCAUGAAUCUCUAGAUGAAAUGAAUAUUAAUGGACAUUGGAUGACAGAUUUUUGGCGACAAGGAAUUAAAUAUAGUACAAAAGAUAAACAAUUUUUUGCUGGGCAAAAAUAUGGAAAAGCUAUUUACAAACCAAAUAGAGGAAUAUAUGGGGUUGAUUUACAUUGGGCUAAUAGAGUAGAGGAUGGCUACACUGAAAUCCGAAUUCCACUUGAUAAAGCAUAUAUAAUACAUGCUCGAGAUUAUUCUAAGUAUAGACUCGAUGGACGUAUUGAAGAUACAAGGCCUUUGGAAUUAAACUUUACAGCUUUUGUUCGUCGCUAUAAACUUUCCAGUUUAUUAAAUAAAUUACCCAAAUCUGAAGCUUUAACUGUUGAACUAAAUAAAUGUUUGGGAUUUAAUUCUCAAGGAAUGAAAGUUUUAGUAGACAAAUCAGAAAGUAAAUGUUGGAAUUAUCAUAAAUGUAAUAUUAAAAAAGUUAGGGCAAAUUGUUUUAAUGUUAAAAAUACUUGGAGUAAACUACGUAAAAAUAAUCUUUUAAUUAAUAUUUUAAUUAAAAGUAAAUUUCAAAACGAAGCUAUUUGUACAUAUUAA